CCCUGAGAGGAGGAGUUAGCGAGGAUUUCUCUUUCAGCGUGGGUGACUGCUGUCCUCUCUCUCCAGCUCCAGUAAGUGGAGGCACAAGUUCCUUUUUCCCCCCCAGCCUCAACUUCAUUCUUCAGGUCUGGGUUGUGCUCUGCCGCCUCAGCCAUGGCCCCCAAAAAGAACAAGACGACCAAGAAGAAUAAAGGAGACAUCAAUGAGAUGACAAUCAUGGUUGAGGACAGCCCUGUCAACAAGAUCAACGGGCUGAAUGCACUGUUGGAGGGCGGCAACGGCUUCAGCUGCAUUUCAACCGAGGUUACAGAUUCGGUGUAUGCCCCCAACCUCCUGGAAGGUCUGAGCACCAUGAGGCAUGACAGUUUCCUCUGUGAUUUAACAGUUGCCACCAAGUCCAAGUCCUUUGAUGUCCACAAGGUUGUCAUGGCCUCUUGCAGUGAGUACAUACGCAACAUCUUGAAAAAGGAUUCCACGCUGCAGAAGAUCGACUUGAACGACCUCUCACCUGUGGGCCUAGCCACAAGCAUCACAUAUGCGUAUUCCGGAAAGCUCACCUUGUCGCUCUACAGCAUCGGCAGCACCAUUGCCGCGGCCAUGCUCCUGCAGAUCGGCACUCUCGUCAAGAUGUGCAGUGACUUCCUCAUGCGGGAGCUCAGCGUUGAGAACUGCAUGUACGUGGCCAACAUUGCAGAUGCCUACGAUCUCAAAGAAACCAAGGCAGCGGCGCAGAAGUACAUGCGGGAGAACUUCAUUGAGUUCUCAGAGAUGGAACAGUUCCUGAAGCUCACCUACGAACAGAUCAGCGACUUCCUCUCAGAUGAUUCCCUGCAGCUUCCCUCCGAGGUCACAGCCUUUCAGAUCGCCAUGAAAUGGUUGGACUUUGACGAGAAGAGGUUGAAGUACGCCGCAGAUCUCCUCACUCACAUCCGCUUCGGCACAAUCUCCGCCCAAGACUUGGUGAACCACAUCCAGAGUGUGCCUAGAAUGAUGCAAGACCACGAGUGCCACCGUCUUCUCGUGGACGCCAUGAACUACCACCUGUUGCCGUACCAACAGAAUAUCCUUCAGUCACGUAGAACAAAGGUACGCGGUGGCCUCAAGGUGAUCCUCACAGUGGGAGGACGCCCAGCCUUGACGGAGAAAUCCCUCAGCAAGGAAGUCCUCUACAGGGAUAUGGACAAUGUGUGGAAUCGGUUGACGGAAAUGCCAGCAAAGAGCUUUAAUCAGUGUGUGGCAAUGCUGGAUGGCUUCCUGUACGUGGCAGGAGGGGAGGACCAGAAUGAUGCAAGAAACCAGGCCAAGCACGCCGUCAGCAACUUCUGCAGGUAUGACCCCCGCUUCAACACCUGGAUUCAUCUGAACAACAUGAUCCAAAGACGCACCCACUUUAGUCUCAGCACCUUCAAUGGCCUUUUGUUUGCUGUUGGUGGCCGUAACGCUGACGGCGUUCAGGCAUCGGUGGAGUGCUACGUGCCAUCUUCCAACCAAUGGCAGAUGAAAGCUCCCAUGGAGGUGGCCCGCUGCUGUCACGCUAGCUCAGUCAUUCAUGGAAAGAUCCUCGUUUCUGGCGGUUACAUCAACAACGCCUACUCCAGGGCCGUGUGCUCAUAUGACCCAUCCACCGACAGCUGGCAGGAUAAGAGCAGUCUGAGCUCGCCUCGCGGUUGGCACUGCGCUGCCACCGUGGGAGAUCGCGCCUACGUCAUCGGUGGCAGUCAGCUUGGGGGUCGUGGGGAAAGGGUGGAUGUCUUGCCCGUGGAGUCCUACAACCCUCACACCGGGCAGUGGAGCUACUGUGCUCCUCUUCACACAGGCGUGAGCACAGCCGGCGUUGCCAUUUUGAACAGCAAUAUUUAUGUCCUCGGGGGCUGGAAUGAGGGUGAGAAGAAGUACAAGAAGUGCAUUCAGGUGUAUAAUGCUGACCUCAAUGAAUGGACUGAGGACGACGAGUUGCCAGAAGCCACAGUUGGCAUUUCGUGCUGCGUCGUCACCAUCCCCACUCGAAAAACAACACGAGAGUCUAGAGCCAGCUCAGUUUCGUCUGCGCCAGUCAGUAUAUAGGGAUUGAGAUCCUUAUGAUGUCGUUUACAUGCUUCCCUAGCCUCAGGUUGUCUGUUAUGUAAGCCUUUGGAUCUAAUAACUCCCUGUGGUGAGCACGAGAAAGGUUUUUCAUAGGGUCUUUAAUUUUAAUAAAGGAGCAAAGGAAGUGCAAACUGAGACAUUUCAAGUUUCAGUUUGGCAGCUGGAUGGCUAUGUUUGGCAUCAUUAGGGAUUUGUUACUUUUAUGAUACAAACUGGGCAAAGCGAUAUCUAUCACAACAAUUUGCUUUUUAUUAGGCAGACAUUUUGUCUAUGGGGCCAAUACGGAUGUUAGCAGUGAAUUUGCCCUCAUUCUGUUACAUAUGAAAAAAAUCUCUAAAAU